AUGUUUGACUUGACCAUGAAUAUUGCUCAAGCUUUCGUGAGCACAGUCACAGAGGCGGCGUGUAACACUGUUGGGGCAGGCUACAAGGUGGUAACCGACAUUGGCACGGCUGGGGCGAAAGUUGUUGGAGAUAGUGUCAGCACCACCCUGAAGGUCGGGGGAGAUUUUGCCUCCACCGGGACGAAGAUUGCGGGCGACUCAGUCGGUAUCUUAGCGAAGGUUGGGCUCGACUUCGUUGGAACCGGAAUCAAGAUCGUCAACAACGCGGGGAACACGGCAAACCAUAUUGUUCUCGGCGAUGAUAUCAUUAGCAUCUUACACAAUGCGACCCAUGACAGCAUCAAGACGGGAUCCAAGAUCCUGGAGGAUAGCAUUGGGACGGUGGCGAUGAUUAAUGGGGCCAUAGCCAGUACCCUAGUGAAGGUGCUAUCAGACUGGUCCAGUACUGCCUCCAAAGUUGUAAAGGACUCUCGGUCGACUGUGAACCUUGUUGCUACGGAUACUGAGACUACCUUCCUCAAAGUCCACGACGACACAGUGACGAUAGCGGUUCAGGCUGCGAGUCGGGCACUAAGUACUCGAGCCGCUGAGAUCUUCCUCAAGUACGCGGUAGAUGUAUUCACCACUGCAGGCGACACGGCGAUUGUUGAUACAAUCUUGCAAGUGGUACACCGCUCCCUUCAGGCCACGACACAUAUGCUUAGCGGAGCAGCACUUAUCUGGAGGGGCAUAUUUACGAAUGGUAUGAAUGAGGAUGCCCUGUACUUUAUCCUGAACCACCUAUACGAUUUGCUGGGCUUCCUAUACGACCUAGUGAAGCCAGGGAACGUUGUCCCCACAUACGCAGCCGAUGGUGUGAUCGAGAACGGAGCGGACGGAGCGGACGGAACAGACGAGUUUCCGGGUGGGGGUAACCCGUACAACGAGCUCGACCUUCGGAGGGAGCAGAACCGUGAUGCCAUUGUCUACCAGGUGCAACGGGUCGCAUUGACGUUCAUCAACAUCCUCCAGAUGGGCAGGAAAACGCCGCCGCAGGGACUAACUGACCUCCAAAUGAACGUUAGGCUACUUAGUGACUUUGACGCGAAUGGCAAUCCCCCGUCGCCAACCUACGUCUCCAGGUUUGAAGAGAGGCUGGAAUCUCCUCGCAAUGAGAAAUGGCUAUUUAUCAACGGUAUCGCGAACGAGUUGACCUGGUUCCAGCGUUCGUGUGAUAAGAUCCGUAAUACUUUCAAGAGAGAAGUCAAGGGGAUCUACAAUAGGAGUGACGGUAUCUUGUGGGACUUAAUAGAGUGUUGUGGAGAACGUAGCGCGGUCACAGAGAAGUCAAACGAGCUCAUUGAGCGCACACAGAGCAGCAAAGCCGCGCAGAAGAGCCUUGAGGAGGAGCUCACUGAUGCCUUAUGGCCUACUGAUGGUAUCGCCCCAGACAAGGUGGUUAUGAUCGCCCAUUCUCAGGGGUGUCUCAUUCUCCGGCUAGUGCUGCAAAAGCUAGUGAGCGAGAACCCGGCAGGAUCCCAGAAGAUGAGAGUUAUGAAGGACAGGCUAAGAGUGUUCACUUUUGGGAACCCAAGCAUUGAUUGGCGGGCUAUAGACGAAACAGCGCAGUCUUUGAGCAAGUACGCGACUGCUACCGAGCACUUUGCGCAUGAAGUGGACUUUGUGGCCAGGCUGGGGGUUGUGACGUACUCCGUUGACCCAGACUCAGGCUAUGAUGCGGAUUCGAUUUUCUAUAGCAAGGAGGGGAGGGGCCAUCUAUUUGGAGCGCAUUAUCCUCUGGAGAAAAAUGCUUAUACAAACGCGGGGAGGUCCAAGUUGUUGAGCGCAGUGGAUGGAGGAGAGAUGGAUUGA